AUGUUGUCCCAGCACAACAGCCAGCAACUCGCCGGUUCGUCCGGCAAGCACCACGGCCAUUACGAGGCAAAAUCCCCCGAGUCGACGGCCCGUGAUAGCGGCAAAGACCAGGCCAUCGUGAGCGCGCCGCACCGGUGCCAUUGCAGAUCCAGUCACGCUCCGAAAGAUGGAAAACGAUAUUGA